AUGUCUUCCGCUUCCGCAUCCCCAGCCACGUGUAUUUAUCUAUGGGUUCGUUCGAUUCGAUCACUUCAAAAUUGCCUAUUUUUUGCUGAUUCUGCCGCGCAAUUUUUCGAAUUCGAAAAUGUUUUUCGAAUUUGUCGCGAGCUGCAGAAAUGUGAGGGGAAAAUUUUGUGAGUUUUUUUUCUUUUUCGGAUUUUCAAAAAAAAUCAAUUUUUUUGCAGAUUCCCCAAAUUCUCCAGCAUUUGUGGCUCAAAAAUGCCCGAGCAAAUUCUCGAGGCAAUUUUUCAAAAUGCUCCCGGAGCCUCCUACAGUACUCCUCUGAUAGUUGCUCUAAUUUUCGCGGCUCUUCAAAAUAAUUCCAGACAAAAUGGAUCGCGCGCUGAAAAUAUUCUCGAAAAUCUCAAAAGCUUCUUCAGCGGAGGUGGAGAAUUUUUGGGAUUUUUGAGGCGGAAUUCGGAUGUUUUGGACGAGAUUUUGGAGGGGACCGUGAAAUCGAGAGGGACUAGGAAUUGUGUUCGGCCAGCUUCGGAGAUUUUGACGGUUUUUGAUGAGGCUGAUGAGGUAGGCGAGAAUUCUGGUGUAGGUCUAACCUAACAGGCCUAGGCCUAACCUAAGCCCGACCUAAGGCUCGAGCGCCUCUGGCGCGAGUGUAAACUGUAAGCUUCCGCUUUAGUGGACAGGCCUAGGCUUAGCCUAAGCCUAACCCAAGUCUUACCUAAGCUUAGCCUAAGCCUAAGCUAAGCCCACACGACCAUUUACUCCAAUAGAAAAUUGCCCCUCGGGUCAGACGUCAUCUGAGACAGAGAAAGACAUCGCUUCGAGAUAUUUUUGAGAAAAUGUAUGUGUCCCUUUGAAAAAAUACUGUAUUUUGUUUCAAGGAACACAUGUUUUAUUGAAAAUAUCUCGAAGCGAAAUUCAUUUUCGAGAUAUUUUUGCAAAAUACUCUCGUCGUCUCGCGUCUGACUCAACGGGCGCCUUGUAUGGUCGUGCACAACCUAAGCCUAAGCUUAGUCUAAGCCUAGCUUAUGCCCGACCUUAGCCUAAGCCUUACCUAAGCCUAGCUUAUGCCCGACCUUAGCCUAGCCUAAGCUUACCCUUAUCUAACCCUAAACCAAGCCUGAGCUUAGCCUAACCCAAGCCUAGCCUAAGCCUAACCCUGGCCUAACCCAAGCCCCAGAUUCAAUUUCCAGCCCAACCUCGCUCAAAAAAUCAUCUCCUCCCUCAUCCUCGAUCCCUAUCACAUUGACGAAAUUCCGAUGUUCGCGCGACAUUCCGCUUCCGCUUCCGCUUCCGCAUCGUUCCGCCGAACAACUUUGGCUCAUAACACACGACGUGUUGUACAUCUACACAAUGUAAACAAGUUUGAGGUAGGAGCUGUAAUUUAAAAAAAAAAAAAAAAAAAAAAAAAAAAUUUUUAAAUUUUUUUUUGCAGCUUUUUCGGAAAGACGAUUUUGCCAAUGUUCAUUUGAGAAUUUGUCACGAUAAACCGAAAGCCUCGUUUAUUUUUGCACUUUUAAGGUAACUUACCUAAGCCCGGCCUAAGCCUAGCCUAAGCCUAACCUAAGCCUAACCCAAGCCCAACCUAAUAAAUUCCAGCCUCGAAUCCGUCAUCCUCGACUCCCUGGAAUUUUGCCGAACUACAGUACUCGGUGCAGUUCGGGGUACUGUCGUUCUAUCAAACUGCAAAUUCCUACGGGUUACUGUCGCCUGUAGCCGCUUGCACCUUAUCGAUUGUCAACAUUUGGAAGUGUACUGUAUGCUGCCUACACGGCCUGUUGUGACGAAUUGUGUGGAAAUUGAGUUUGCGCCUUUGAAUACGACCUAUAUGGUGGGUUUUGGCGCGCAAAAAAUUUUUUUUUUUUUUUUUUUAAUCUGACGACAAUCAAAUUCCAGAAUCAUUCGGAAUUUCUGGCUUCUUGUGGACUGGAUUUUCAAAUGAAUCGAGAAUUAAAGGAGCCGAUAAAUGUGAGCCUCUGAAAUUGCUGAAAAUAAAAAAAAUCAAUAUUUUCAGCUCGGAAAUUCAGCCUGGAAAUUGAUGGCGGCCUCAAAAUUCAUAUGUCAAUUAACACCUGUCGAAACAUCUGAAAAUGAUAUUGAUGUAAGUGGGUUUCUCAAUGGAGCGCGUUUGAAUUUAAAUUUUGUUUUCAGCUUCUCCUAUCUUCGCUUCCGGAAAUCUAUCGCCGCGCGGCACACAAUAAUACAAUUGUGGCGCGGAAGAAGCUGAACUCUUCGAAUCUCCGACUUUCAGAUGUGAUUUCGAAUCGCGAUUUGAUUUAUCUUAAGUCGAAGAGGGAAGCUGAAGCUGGAGAAAAUUGUUAG